UCUUCCCCGAGUUUGACACAUUGAAAUAAAGUCCGCUCUCUCUUCCCUUCGUUUGACACAUUGAAAUAAAGUCCGCUCACUCUUACCCUGAGUUUGACAAAUUGAAAUAAACUCCGCUCACUCUUCUCCGAGUUUGUAACAUUGAAAUAUGCACAGUUGUAUUUGUUGGAGUAAUUAUUUGGAUUUAGAUAGAUAACAAAAUAAGAAGAUGUAGUAUUAUUGCAAAUGAGACAACAGUCCAUCAGACACCAAAUGAUACAACAAUCCACCAGAGACCAAAUGACGAAAAACAAAUAUAGAUAAACACACGGCCUUCAACAAUAAGCAAAACACAUGCCAUAGGCUAUAAACGGUCUCAACAUGACAAAAUGUACAGCAAUUCAAACGAGAAAACCAACCGCCUAAUUUAUGGACAAAACAAUAAGCGAAAUAUAUUAUAGACAGCAACCAACGACAAUGAUAAUAACGUUCACUUACUCUUACCAUAUAUAUUGUACCAUGUUAUAUAUUUAAUAUAAAAAAUGAGUUGAUUGUACAAUAAAAAACGAACUUUUAUACUUUUUAGCAACGCGCAGAUGUUAUAUUAUCAAAAUUCGAUAAAACAGAUUAUGCCAACUAUCUUUAAACCGAUAUUAGAAGUGAGUAAUUUUGUGGACAAAAUGGGGAAAUCUCUUCCAGCUGCACUUGGAUUAUUAGGAGAAGAAUCUGGAUUGUUCCUUGAAGGUCUUGGUCAAAUAUCUUCUCACCUUGGUUCAGGUUUGACAGGCUUGCAUGAAUUUUCUGGAAUUGCUUCCAAUUUGCAGUCACUGGGGGGUAAAUUAAAAUCACUCUCAAAAGAUGUUGUAACUGUUAACAUUAACAAAUUACCAGAUUUUAGUAGUCAGGGAAGCAUUUUAGAAACAUUGGUACAGCUUGGAGCUCAGACUUUACUUGAUCAAGUCAAAAGUGGAUUUACGAGUAUCGGUGAUGCGUUAACAGAUCUUGGUAACAUAGUGGUUGGUGGUAUUUCAGUGGCUGGAAAUGCUGUAAUAGAUACCGGUAACACUAUAGGGAACGCCUUUCAUAGUAUAUUUGGAAAGCGUUCUGUGUCUGUGGAGAAACGUGACUGUGACGACCAGUGUACGGUUUGUGGUAAAAUUGAUCGACUGUCACAUGACACAAUGACUAUUCUAGCAAUAGUUUGCGGAGAAGGUAUAAUAUACAAUCAACGAAAUACCCUGGAGCAUGUCAAAUACUUACAAGGACUUUAUAUAAAUACCAUCCAAAGCCAACUCAUAACAAAAGUUGAGUACGACCCUUUAUCAAUUAAAACAGAGAACCGAAUUGCUUUUUCCAAGGCAUUUAUGACAUACAGUGUCCAGGGAAGUGUGGAUAGAUUUCAGACUGAUAUUGACUUUGAAAUAAGUGAUCUGAAGAAGACCGCAAAAGAUGUCGCUAAACAUAUUUGGAAACUUAUGAAUUAAAUAAUUAUAUUUUGCUAUUAUU